CUGAAGAAGACUUCCGGUGGUGUGUCAUGGCGGUGGCAUGGUGAAUCCGAUAGAUAGGCAAAAUACUCGCCCCUUUCGUCCUUGCCCAUCGUUUCGGGACACAUUUUCAUGCAUAUCUAAGGCCGUGAGCUUCGGCCUCAUCCCUUGGAUCUAGCAGCCCCGCGUUGCGGUGUCCCCCCGCCCGGCCAUGGCGGCUCACAAACCAGUGGAAUGGGUCCAGGCCGUGAUUACCAGAUUUGAUGAGCAGCUGCCCAUUAAAGUCGGACACCAGAACACUCACACUAAGAUCAGCACAGAGCACAACAAGGAAUGUCUGAUCAACAUCUCCAAGUACAAGUUCUCGCUCGUCAUCAGUGGCCUCACCAACAUCCUCAAAAAUGUCAACAACAUGCGGAUAUUUGGAGAAGCCUCUGAGAAGAACCUCUACCUCUCCCAGCUCAUCAUCCUGGACACACUGGAGAAGUGCCUGGCUGGGCAAUCCAAGGACUGCUUGCGUCUGGAUGAGACCAUGUUGGUCAAACAGCUACUGCCGGAGAUCUGCCAUUUCAUCCAUACGUACCGGGAGGGCCACCAACACGCCACUGAGCUGCGAGCCUCCGCCUCCGCCGUCCUCUUCUCCUUGAGCUGCAACAACUUCAACGCCGUCUUCAGCCGCAUCUCCACCAGACUACAGGAGCUGACUGUGUGUUCAGAGGACAACGUAGAUGUUCAUGACAUCGAGCUGAUGCAGUACAUCAACGUGGACUGCUCCAAACUGAAGAGGCUGCUCCAAGAAACUGUACUGAAGUUUCGAGCUCUGAAGAAGCCGGCCCAACUAGCAGUCAUCAACAGUUUAGAGAAGGCGUUUUGGAACUGGGUGGAGAAUUACCCCGAUGAGUUCACCAUGCUCUACCAGCGACCACAGGCAGAUAUGGCAGAAGCGGCAGAGAAGUUGUUUGACCUGGUGGACAGCUUUGCAGAGAGCGCCAAGAGGAAAGCGGCGGUGUGGCCCCUGCAGAUCAUCCUCCUCAUCCUCUGUCCAGAAAUCACACACACCAUCUCCAAAGACACCGUGGAGGAUAGUAAAGCCAACAAGAAACUGUUCGUGGACAAUCUGCGGAAAGCUCUGGCGGGUCAGGGCGGCAGUAAGCAGCUGAUGGAGAGCGCCGCCAUUGCCUGUGUGAAACUGUGUAAAGCCUCCACCUACAUCAACUGGGAGGACCACUCCACCAUCUUCCUCCUGGUCCAGUCCAUUGUCAUGGAUCUGAAGGCUUUGCUGUUCAACCCGGCCAAACCCUUCUGGAGGGGGACGGGUAGCCAGAACGCUGACGUGGAGCUCAUGAUGGACUGCUUCGUCUCCUGUUUCCGCAUCAACCCUCAUAACAACCAGCACUUUAAGGUCUGUUUGGCCUCCUCCUCCCCCUCCACCUUCCACUUCGUCCUGGUCAACUCCUUGCACAGAAUAAUCACCAAUUCCCAUCUGGACUGGUGGCCGAAGAUCGACGCCGUGUACUGCUACUCUGGAGAGCUACGCUUCAUGUUCUCCGACACACUCAACCGGGUCAUCCAAGGCAUCGCCACCCAUGCUCCGCUCCGCAUGACACCAAGUCUGACAUUCAAAGGGAAGGUGACCACCAGCCUUAAGUUCAAAGAGAAAGCCACAGAACUGGACACUCGAAGUUACAAGUGCCUCCUCCUCGCUCUGGUCAAACUCAUCCACGCUGACCCCAAACUCAUGUUGCAUAACCCAGUAAAACAGGCUUCAGAGAUGCAGAGCAGCACGGCGGAGCUGAUCACAGGCCUGGUGCAGCUGGUGCCUCUGACCAACACCACACAGCUGUCCCAGGAAGCCAUGGAGGCUCUGUUAGUUCUACACCAGCCAGAGACCAUAGAGCUGUGGAACCCUGAUGCCCCUAUCGAGACGUUCUGGGACAUCAGUUCGCAGGUGCUCUCGCUCAUCUGCCGCAAACUGAUUGGCCAGCAGAUGGUCAACGGGACAGAGGUGCUCAAAUGGCUGAGGGAGAUCCUCAUCUGCAGGAACAAGUUUCUGCUCAAGAACAAGGAGUCUGCCACCAUGGGCGGUGGGAUUCCCAUCUGUCGACAGGCGCAGACAAAGCUGGAGGUUUCCCUCUACAUGUUCCUGUGGAGUCCGGACACCGAGGCGGUGCUGGUGGCCAUGUCCUGUUUCCGACACCUCUGUGAGGAGGCGGACAUCCGCAGCGCCGCUGACGAGGUGCCAGUUCAGACCAUCCUGCCCAACUACGCCACCUUCAGUGAACUGGCCUCUGUCAGCAACAUGAUGGGCACAGGCCGCUCCACUUUGCAGAAGAGGGUCAUGGCCUUGCUGAGGAGGAUAGAGCAUCCCACACCAGGAAACAUAGAGGCGUGGGAGGACACAUAUGCCAAAUGGGACCAGGCCACCAAACAGAUUCUGAACUUCCCCAAAAACAAAGCAGAUGAUGGGCAGCAGGAGUGGAUCAACAUGACCGGCUUCCUGUGCGCUCUGGGCGGGGUUUGUCUGCAGCAGCGCAGCACCCCCGGCCCGGCCACCUACAGCCCACCCAUGGGCCCCAUGGCCGAGCGGAAACACUCCAUGAUCUCCAUGGGUCCCUGUGAGGCGCCGAACGCCGUGAGCUCGGCCGCCUCCUGCUCCUCGUCGGCCUCCAGCGAGACGCCCGUCAGCCGCUUCCUGGACAGGCUGCUGUCCCUGCUGGUGUGCGGACACGACCGCGUCGGCCUCCACGUCCGCACCAACGUCAAAGACCUGCUGGGACUGGAGCUAAGCCCCGCCCUCUACCCCAUGCUCUUCAACAAACUGAGGAACAGCAUCGGCAAAUUCUUCGACACACAGGGACCAGUUCCUAUUAACGACACUAACACCCAGUUUGUGGAGCAGACCAUUGCAAUCAUGAAGAACCUGCUGGACAACCACACAGAGGGCAGCUCUGAACACCUGGGACAGGCCAGCAUCGAGACCAUGAUGCUCAACCUGGUCAGGUAUGUGCGCAUUCUGGGCAACGUGGUCCAUGCCAUCCAGAUCAAAACCAAACUGUGCCAGCUGGUGGAGGUGAUGAUGGAGAGACGGGACGACCUGUCCUUCUGCCAGGAGAUGAAGUUCAGGAAUAAGAUGGUGGAGUACCUGACUGACUGGGUGAUGGGGACCUCCAACCAAGCGGCUGACGAUGACAUCAAGUGCCUGACGAGGGACCUGGACCAGGCCAGUAUGGAGGCCGUGGUGUCUCUUCUCGCCGGUCUUCCUCUGCAGCCGGAGGAGGGAGACGGAGUGGAACUGAUGGAGGCCAAAUCCCAGCUUUUCCUUAAGUACUUCACCCUGUUCAUGAACCUGCUGAAUGACUGCAGUGAGGUGGAGGACGAGGGACAGGCGGUCGGGGGACGCAAAAGAGGGAUGUCGCGGCGCCUGGCUUCCCUUCGCCACUGCACCGUCCUGGCCAUGUCCAACCUCCUCAACGCCAACGUGGACAGCGGCCUCAUGCACUCCAUCGGUCUGGGGUACCACAAAGACCUGCAGACUCGAGCCACCUUCAUGGAAGUGCUGACCAAGAUCCUGCAGCAGGGAACGGAGUUCGACACACUGGCGGAGACGGUUCUGGCGGACCGCUUUGAGAGGCUGGUGGAGCUGGUUACCAUGAUGGGGGACCAGGGGGAGCUGCCCAUCGCCAUGGCUCUGGCCAAUGUGGUUCCUGGUUCACAGUGGGACGAGCUGGCUCGUGUCCUGGUGACGCUGUUUGAUUCACGCCAUCUCCUGUACCAACUCCUCUGGAAUAUGUUCUCCAAAGAGGUGGAGCUGGCCGACUCCAUGCAGACGCUCUUCAGAGGCAACAGCCUGGCCAGUAAAAUAAUGACCUUCUGUUUCAAGGUCUAUGGGGCGGCGUACCUGCAGAAGCUGCUGGAGCCUUUGUUACGAGGGGUCAUCACCACCCCUGAACACAUCAGCUUUGAGGUGGACCCCACCAGGCUGGAACAAGGUGAGAACCUGGAGGAGAACCAGAGGAACCUGCUGCAGAUCACCGACCGCUUCUUCCAGGCCAUCAUCGGCUCGUCCAGCGAGUUCCCCCCGCAGCUCCGCAGCGUCUGCCACUGUCUCUACCAGGCUACUUGCCACUCUCUACUGAAUAAAGCAACAGUAAAAGAAAAAAAGGAAAACAAAAAAGCAGUGGUGAGUCAACGCUUCCCCCAGAACAGCAUCGGCGCCGUGGGCAGCGCCAUGUUCCUGCGCUUCGUCAACCCGGCCAUCGUGUCCCCCUACGAGGCCGGCAUCUUGGACAAAAAGCCCCUCCCCAGGAUAGAACGGGGCCUCAAACUAAUGUCCAAGAUUCUGCAGAGCAUUGCCAACCAUGUGCUGUUUACAAAAGAAGAACACAUGAGGCCUUUUAAUGAUUUUGUGAAGAGCAACUUUGAUUCUGCCAGACGGUUUUUCUUAGACAUCGCCUCGGACUCUCCGCCCAGCGACUCCGUCAACCACAGUCUGUCUUUCAUCAGUGACGGUAACGUCCUGGCCCUUCACCGUUUACUGUGGAACAACCAGGAGAGGAUCGGCCAGUACCUGUCCAGUAACCGGGACCAUAAAGCUGUAGGCAGGCGUCCUUUUGACAAGAUGGCCACCCUGUUGGCGUACCUGGGUCCACCUGAACACAAACCUGUGGCAGACACACACUGGUCCAGCCUCAACCUGACCAGCUCCAAGUUUGAGGAGUUCAUGACCAGACACCAGGUCCAUGAGAAGGAGGAGUUCAAAGCCCUGAAGACCCUCAACAUCUUCUACCAGGCAGGAACCUCCAAGACCGGAAACCCUGUUUUCUACUACGUGGCCCGGAGGUUUAAAACUGGUCAGAUCAACGGCGACCUCCUCAUCUACCACGUUCUGCUGACCCUCAAACCCUACUACGCCAAACCCUAUGAGAUCGUGGUGGACCUAACACACGUGGGACCCAGCAACCGUUUCAAGACUGACUUCCUGUCCAAGUGGUUUGUGGUCUUUCCCGGCUUUGCCUAUGAGAAUGUGGCGGCGGUGUACGUAUACAACUGUAACACUUGGGUGAGGGAGUACACCAAGUACCACGAGAGGCUGCUGACGGGCCUGAAGGGCAGCAAGCGGCUCCAGUUCAUCGACUCCCCGGCGAAGUUGGCCGAGCACAUCGAGCCUGAGCAGCAGAAGCUUCCUGCAGCCACGCUCACCCUGGAGGAAGACCUGAAGGUUUUCCACAAUGCCCUUAAACUGGCCCACAAAGACACCAAGGUGUCAAUAAAGGUGGGCUCCACAGCGGUACAGGUGACCUCGGCCGAGCGGACCCGAGUCCUGGGCCAGCCCGUCUUCCUCAACGACGUCUACUACGCCUCAGAGAUCGAGGAGAUCUGCCUGGUAGACGAGAGCCAGUUCACCCUGACCAUGGCCAACCAGGGCACGCCGCUCACGUUCAUGCACCAGGAGUGCGACGCCAUCGUCCAGUCCAUCAUCCACAUCCGGACGCGCUGGGAGCUGUCGCAGCCCGACUCCAUCCCCCAACACACCAAGAUCCGACCCAAAGACGUCCCCGGAACUCUGCUCAACAUCGCUCUGCUCAACCUGGGGAGUUCGGAUCCCAGCCUCAGGUCCGCAGCCUAUAAUCUGUUGUGCGCUUUGACGUGUACGUUCAACCUAAAGAUCGAGGGUCAGCUGCUGGAGACUUCGGGCCUCUGCAUCCCCGCCAACAACACCCUGUUCAUCGUGUCCAUCAGUAAAACUCUGGCUGCCAACGAGCCCCAUCUGACCCUGGAGUUCCUGGAGGAGUGCAUUUCAGGCUUCAGCAAGUCCAGUAUAGAGCUCAAACACCUCUGCCUGGAAUACAUGACGCCCUGGCUGCUCAACCUGGUCCGCUUCUGUAAACACAACGACGACGCCAAGCGCCAGCGCGUCACCGCCAUUCUGGACAAGCUCAUCACCAUGACGAUCAAUGAAAAGCAGAUGUACCCUUCCAUUCAGGCCAAGAUCUGGGGCAGCUUGGGCCAGAUAACGGACCUGUUGGAUGUGGUUCUGGACAGCUUUAUUAAGACCAGCGCCACAGGAGGUCUGGGCUCCAUCAAGGCCGAGGUGAUGGCUGAUACUGCAGUGGCUCUGGCCUCAGGGAAUGUCAAACUGGUCUCUAGUAAGGUGAUCGGUCGUAUGUGUAAAAUCAUCGAUAAAACCUGCCUGUCGCCGACGCCCACCCUGGAGCAGCACCUGAUGUGGGACGACAUCGCCAUCCUGGCUCGGUACAUGCUCAUGCUGUCGUUCAACAACUCCCUGGACGUGGCGGCCCACCUGCCCUACCUGUUCCACGUGGUGACGCUGCUGGUGGCCACCGGGCCGCUCUCCCUCAGGGCCUCCACCCACGGUUUGGUCAUCAACAUCAUCCACUCCCUGUGUACCUGCUCGCAGCUCAAUUUCAGCGAGGAGACCAAGCAGGUCCUGAGGCUGAGUCUGACAGAGUUCUCCCUGCCAAAGUUCUACCUGCUGUUCGGCAUCAGCAAAGUCAAGUCCGCCGCCGUCAUCGCCUUCCGCUCCAGCUAUCGCGAUCGCUCCUUUUCCCCUGGCUCCUAUGAGAGGGAGACCUUCGCCCUGUCCUCCCUGGAGACGGUCACCGAGGCUCUGCUGGAGAUCAUGGAGGCAUGUAUGAGGGACAUCCCAUCCUGCAAGUGGUUGGACCAGUGGACGGAACUCGCACAGAAGUUUGCGUUCCAGUACAACCCGUCCCUGCAGCCCAGAGCGCUGGUGGUGUUCGGCUGCAUCAGUAAGAGGGUGAGCCACGGGCAGAUCAAACAGAUCAUCCGAAUCCUCAGCAAGGCCAGCCCCCUGCUCAGCAUAGACCGGGGUUUGGAGAGCUGUCUGAAGGGGCCGGACAAUUACAACAGCCAAGUGUUAAUAGAAGCCACAGUCAUUGCUCUGACAAAACUACAGCCUCUACUCAGCAAGGAGUCUCCCAUGCACAAAGCCUUGUUCUGGGUGGCGGUGGCGGUUCUGCAGCUGGAUGAAGUCAACCUGUACUCUGCUGGAACCGCCCUGCUGGAGCAGAACCUCCACACGCUGGAUACGAUGCGAGUGUUCAAUGACAAGAGCCCAGAGGAGGUGUUCAUGGAGAUCAGACGUCCCUUAGAAUGGCACUGUAAGCAGAUGGAUCACUUUGUGGGCCUCAACUUCAGUGCCAACUUCAACUUUGCAUUAGUUGGACACCUACUCAAAGGUUACAGACAUCCAUCACCCACCACAGUGGCCAGAACAGUGAGAAUCCUGCACACCCUGUUGGCUCUGAUCAGCAAGAAUCUGAAAUGUGACAAGUUUGAGGUCAACACACAGAGCGUGGCUUAUCUGGCUGCUCUACUCACCGUGUCUGAGGAGGUUCGGAGUCGCUGCAGCCUCAAACACAGGAAGUCCCUCCUCAUCUCUGACCUGUCCAUCGACCCUGUACCCAUGGACACAUACUCCAGUCACAUCAGUGACCCCAGCUGCAGAACUCUACGAGAGACUCAGCCGUGGACGUCCCCUCAGGUUUCCGAUCGCUACCUAUCAGCCCAUCACUACCCCACCGUGGGCCAGAUCAGCCCACGAACACGGAAAUCCAUGAGCCUGGACAUGGGUCAGCCUUCACAGGCCAACGCCAAGAAGCUCCUGGGCACCAGGAAGAGCUUCGACCAUCUCAUAUCAGACUCUAAAGCACCAAAGAGACCAGAGAUGGAGUCUGGGAUGACCACGCCUCCCAAGAUGAGGCGCGUCGCGGAGAACGACUAUGAGAUAGAGACUCAGAGGAUCGCCAACUCACACCUCCGUAAAGUGUCCGUGUCAGAGUCCAACGUUCUUCUGGAUGAGGAGGUUCUGACCGACCCCAAGAUCCAGGCUCUCCUGCUCACUGUGCUGGCGACCCAGGUCAAAUACACCACUGACGACUUUGACCAGCGGAUCCUGUACGAGUACUUGGCUGAAGCUAGCGUCGUCUUCCCAAAGGUUUUUCCAGUGGUCCACAACCUGCUGGAUUCAAAGAUCAACACUGUGCUGUCGAUGUGCCAGGACACCAACCUCCUGAACCCGGUCCACGGCAUCGUCCAGAGCGUCGUGUACCAUGAGGAGUCGCCCCCGCAGUACCAGCCCUCCUACUUACAAAGCUUUGGCUUUAAUGGACUUUGGCGGUUUGCCGGACCCUUCUCCAAGCAAACCCAGAUCCCAGACUAUGCCGAGCUGAUUGUCAAGUUCCUGGAGGCGCUGAUUGACAGCUACCUGCCGGCGGCUGACGAGGAGCGAGGGGAGGAGCAGCUGAGGACGCCCACCUCCCCUUACCCCCCCACCAGCCAGAGCCAGCUCAGCAUCACUGCCAAUCUGAACCUGUCCAACUCCAUGACCUCACUGGCAACGUCACAGCACUCACCAGGUGUGGAUAAGGAGAACGUGCAGCUGUCCCCCAGCUCCGCUCUGUCCAGCGGGGGGCGCACUCGCCACGGUUCAGCCAGUCAGGUCCAGAAGCAGCGCAGCGCCGGCAGCUUCAAGAGACCCAGCAUCAAGAAGAUCGUCUGAUCCCAGCGGACGCCCCACGCCUUCCUCCUCCUCCGCCUCCUCCUGACCCCCCCCACCCCCUCCCCUUCUGCAUCCAGCCAGGCCUCAUGCUGCACUCCACUUCUGACUCCUUUUAUUUCCUCCUCAUUCUGUUGAUUUGGCAGGAGAAGACGUGCUUUUGUGUUUAAGGAGACAUAUUAAUAAGGGCAAACUUGAAUUCUGUGAUGCUUGAGAUUUAAAAACAAAAAAAAAAAUCUUUUAGUUUGAGACGGGCUGCAGCGGAGGAGGAGAGGAGAAGCGUGUGGAUAUUUAAGCUCUUCUUCUUCUUCUUCAGAGUUUGGGGGCAGUGUCACGGAGAACAGGAGAAAGGACCCUGAUGGGACCUGAUCCCAGUUCUCAGUUCUCGGACUGUUUCCACAGAGGACAGAAGGAUCCAGAAAGGACAUUCAGACCGGCCUGAUCCUUAGCCCCGCCCCCUCUCCCCGUCUUUUCUCGGAACAGCCAGUCCCUCGGCCUUAAACGCUCCCGUGUCCCCUCAGCCGGUGACGGACCACAACCACAGCGGCCGUGGUGGGGGUGUCCCGUCUCCCCAGCCCUGUACAUAUGUGACAUAGACAGAUUCUGUAGAACUAGUCCUUAGUGCUAAUUUAGAUGUUGACGUUUUCUCCAUGGUGUGCCUUUGUCAGGGUUUUUCAGUGUGUACAAUUUGUAAAGUAAAAAGUCCAACCUUGCUGAGGACAAAGAACAGGUACUAAUUAUGGAGGCGUGCCGUCCAUAUCAUCACCAGUUCAGUCGAGCUGCGUCGCGCCCGGCCUUCAAUGAUCGUCAAAUAUUACAAUCAUCCAUAUACCCUGUUGCCUGAAAGUAUUUAUCCUGUACAGCUAGAUAGUGCUACAAAUUCUUUUCAGACACUUUCCAAAAAUCUUUUUCUUUUCAAACACUUUCAAUGUAUGAACGUGAAGAUUGCAGAACACUAGGGGAAAGCGCAACUUUGUAAAUAGCUUUUUGUUUUCUUUUCUUUUUCUGCGUUUGGCGUCUAUUUUGCAGAUUUUUUUUUUUUUUGUCGUUCGUUUUUUUUUUUUCUUUUUUUCCCCCAGCAUUUUAAUUUGUUUACACAGUGACAAGGAAAAUUGUGUAAAAGGCAAUAAUCCUCAGCUCCAUAGUCAACCACCUGUUUUCUUUGUACGGCCAACACAGGGAACACUCAUUGACUCUUUAGUUGCUGGUAACAAACAGAAACAACGUCAGGAGAUUGAUGUGAUUUCCACAUUGAACCCAUCGUACGCAGACGGUCGGAGCUGAACUCGCGUCCGUCACAGGUGGGACUCGUGUGUCCUUAAAGGAAAAACCCACUGAAGCGCUGACGGUCCAUCCCUGAGGCGGUGCUGACGCUGCCACAGCUCAGAGCUUUGAGUCCGAUUUUUUUAUUGGAACAUUCUUCCUGGUGUUUGUCUUCAGUCAGACUCCACACAGUCGUCUUGUCAGGUGACCUUCAGUCACAUGGUUCGGUUUCUGUGUUCGUCCCAGACGGCUCUGAGCUCCAACCCUGGCUUCACACCAGGGUUUGUUGGACCGACCGCCUCCUUCUAAGGAUGUCCUCUGUUUGGGCGAUGUCACUUGACCCAGUCCUUCAUUCAUUCGGUGCAUAAACACGGCUCCUUUUCGACUCGUUUUGUCAUGUUAUUGGGGAGAACAGGCUGUUUUCACAAAGCCUCGAUGACGUUCAAUGAUGUUUUGUCAAGAUGGUGAGUUUAAUGUCACAGAGAUGGAAAGAAAAUGCAAUCGGAGACAUCUGAUGAUUAUAUGUAAAGUCAGUAAUCUCCAAAAAUAGUAGGUUUACACAACGUGAAACCAAAGACCAAAAUAUAAUCAAGAAAAGAGGAAAUUAAUCAAAUAUAUCUUAGCGAUGGUUGACACAGUUUAACCGAAGACUCUGGUCCCAGAGACGGAGACGUGGUGUAGGACAGGAGUUUUAGGUUUCUGAGUUUUAAAGGUUUAAACAGAGUCCAAACACUGGUAUCAGGGACGCUGGGGUCCCAGAUCUGGCCUGUGUCCACGGGGUUGGUGUCUCAGACCUGGUCCAGAUCAGACCUGGUCCAGGUUGUGUAGAUCCAGAAGCUGGCUCUGUUGACUGCACUGCAUGAUGGGAGAAUUCAGCAGAAGUACAUCGGUCUGAACAAAUCUUGACAUUUAAAAGCCUUUGAAUUUCAAACAGUUAUUUUAUUCAUUCACUCUUUCACUUUUAUUUGUAUUAUUAUUUAUUUAUUUUUGGAAAUCUAAGUUUUAGCAACAUCAUUUAUUUCCUCAUUUAUUUGGACUUCAAUUCUUGAUUCUGAAUUUCUAGAUGUUGGUUAAGUGUUAACUCUUUGACCGCCAGAAUUUUUUUUUUUCCUAAUAUUUGGUUUUGAUAUGAAGAUUUCAAAAGUCUGUCUGUUUCAUUGAGGUUUGUUGCAUGUCGUAAUAUUGCAACUUUGGCGCUUAAAGGAUUAAUAUGAAAAAAAAUGGUGUUGAGAUGAAAUUAGGGACAAAAAUAGAUUAAAAACAUAAUUUCAUUGCAGAAAAAUUCUGUGCAGUUUGAAACACUGUUUCAUUUAAAAAUCUGGUGACACAUUUUUUUUCAUAGAUUUUUUUCACCCAAGUUUGAUUCAUCGGCUCAUUUAACCCAAAUCCCACACAUACUGGAGAGCCAUGAAAGUGAAUAUUUUCUAUCUUGAGCUUACAUUUAAUCUUGUGGGAACAAGAUUUUAUAAAAGAAACACA